AUGCUCAUUUCAUCAAACUCCACCACUCCGGCCCAUGAGGAGGCCGAAAUUGCGGAGGACGUCGAUGAACCCCCGGAUCAUAUUAUCCACGCCACCCACAUGAACUCCGACCAAAUCGUCCUUGCGCGUCCUACUGUGGACCGUAAGGAAUCUCUGCUCACACGCGCAUUGAAGAGCAGCCCCGAAAUGUCACCCAUCGAUCCUCACACCUCCAUGCACGAUUCAUACAUGUACCGUUCCUACCCUCACAGCAACAUUAGCGGUAUCUCGACAGCCGAACUCACAAGCGACGGCGGCCUUACAAGCCCUUCUUUGUCCAACACACCCAGCCCGCCUCUGCCUCCUCAAAUGAUGGGAAAGGCAGCAAUGAUGGGAAAGAAAGAUUUGACCCCGAAGGUCAAGGUCGUGGAUCCAAGUGAAACGACUGUGGAAGCCAACCUGGGCCGCAAACGUUGCAUUAGCUUCGCAUGUGGACGUAAAACAGAUGGCCAACCGAAAACACCAGUAUCACCCUCUGACUCACAAACACUUCCGCCCCCAAAAGAGGCACCCGAAGAGGAGGCCCCGAUUCAGGAGAUCAAGCGCCGGACGACCCUGACAUUUGUGUGUCCUGGACGUGAGACUGCGGUCAGCCCGAGAACCCGCUCUCCAGCGCGCAAAGGAAUGUUCCGGUCACGCUGCCGUGGUUCCCCUGCGCCAGCGACUCGCAAGCCCUCCGUUGAGAAGACUCCCACGCAAGUUCACGUUCCUACGGAAGAAUCCGCCUCUGGAUCUACCAUUCGCACAGGUGUCCCCACAAGCGGACUCGGAAAGUUUGAAGAAUCAGAAGCCACUCGCUUCCACGAGUUCGCUAGCUCUUUGGAUGAAGACGAUGAAUGGGUGAUCAAGGAUCCCACUUACACAGAAAAGAUCACUUUGAACGACUGUAUGAAGAAGGAAUUUGCGAUUCGACGACUUGGUGAACAGGCAGAGGAAGAGGCACUCGAAGAGGAAGAGGAUGCGGAAGACAUCGCUGAUGAUGACUCAACGGUGCACGACUUUUCUUCUGACGACGGCAACGAGUCAGACAAUGAGGCUGGAUUUGCAGAGUCGGAUGAGAGUGACGAUGAUGGCUCGGACUACGAGUUCUGGGCUCCAUCGCUUGCCAUUCCGGAACCCAUCGUCCAACCUACUAUCCAACUCAAAGAAACCCGCCCCGCCCCUUUGGAACGCCGCACCUCGAACAUAUCCUUUGACUCCAUGACGGAUGAUCACUCUAGCUGGCUUCCCGCUCCUGUUCAAAGACUCAACGCUCGUCGCGCUUCCAAAACGCAGAGCAUCAAGAUUCGCCCGAGAACCCCCAACCUUCCUGAUAGUACCGACUUCGUCUGUGGAACCCUCGAUGAGGACCGUCCCCUUGAAGCCGCCUACAAGUCCUGUUUGGAACAACGCCGUCUCUCGAAGCAGAUUCCGAUUCCUCAAGAUAUCGACCCCAGUUUCCCUACAAGCGACCCCGAGGACGAGGACGAAGAGGACAUUGACCAAUCUGACGAUAAUGAGUCCGACAUCGCUGUUGUGACUCAUCGUGAGGAACCUCGAGGACGUCCAGAGGGAGAUGCCCGUCACCCAUCCCCCCUCCGCUCCCCUAAGCGUCUGAUGUCCCCACCACCUCGUCGUGCUGGCCGUACUUCUCCUAAGCGUCUCAAGUCCCCGCCUCCCCGCGUGCGUGCCAAGUCUCCACCUCCCCGUGUGCGUGCCAAGUCUCCUACCCCCGCGAAAUGGGAAUUUGCAGAGGACAUGCCUGUGGUCGAGUCUGCCGAAGGCCUCAAUAUCAGUCACUUGGUCCAGCGUCGUCCUAUGGUCCGCACCAAGUCUCUUCCCCGCACACCUAAUCCUUUCUUCGCCGACAUGGACAAGGACCACCGCUGGCAGGGAAUCCCACCCUUGUCUGAAUCCCCCGAGCGCGAACAUUCUCGCACUCGUGAAUUACACACUCGAGGCCCUGUUGACAUUGUCGAGGGUCUUGAGAAAAAGCGCCAGAAACGCAAAGAAAAGUUCUGGCGCCAACACUGCCGCAAAGCUGCCAAAGAGCAGUUGGGCAAACGGCCGGUCCCCGGCAAAGGAGCCGAACGGAUGAAGGAGCUUGGCCUCGAAGUUGCUGAGAGGUGCAGAGCUUACGGCGUCGGUCAAGACGCUCAGCUCGUCCUAUCCGUUUAG